UCUGCGCUUGCGCGGGCGGGUUCCGUUUCUUGCUGUUGGAGCGAACAUGGAGACAGCUGGGAAAGUGAUCAAGUGCAAAGCUGCAGUUGCCUGGGAACCUGGCAAGCCUCUCUCCAUCGAGGAGGUGGAGGUGGCCCCACCGAAGGCGAAUGAAGUUCGCAUUAAGCUCUUUGCCACUGGGGUGUGCCACACUGAUGCCUACACUCUUAGUGGCAGUGACCCCGAAGGACUUUUCCCAGUCAUCUUGGGCCAUGAAGGUGCUGGCACAGUGGAGAGCGUUGGUGAAGGUGUCACCAAAUUUAAGCCUGGUGACGUAGUCAUCCCGCUGUAUGUGCCUCAGUGUGGCGAAUGCAAAUUCUGCAAGAAUCCCAAAACCAACCUUUGCCAGAAAAUAAGAAUUACCCAAGGCCAGGGACUGCUGCCUGACAAGACCUCACGCUUCACUUGCAAGGGAAAGCAAGUGUUUCACUUCAUGGGCACCAGCACCUUCUCCGAGUACACCGUGGUCGCCGACAUCUCUCUGGCCAAAGUGAACAAGAAUGCUCCGAUGGAUAAAGUGUGCCUCCUUGGCUGUGGUAUCUCUACUGGUUACGGUGCUGCCCUCAACACCGCCAAGGUUGAGCCUGGGUCUACCUGUGCCAUCUUUGGCCUUGGAGCUGUCGGUCUUGCAGCCAUUAUGGGCUGUAAGGUGGCUGGAGCAACCAGGAUCAUCGGCAUUGAUAUCAAUCCUGCCAAGUUUGAGAAAGCCAAGGAGUUUGGUGCCACAGAGUUUGUUAACCCGGCCGACCACACCAAGCCCAUCCAGGAAGUCCUGGUUGAAAUGACAGAUGGGGGAGUUGAUUACUCGUUCGAGUGCAUCGGGAACGUGAAGAUCAUGAGAGCUGCUCUGGAGGCUUGCCAUAAAGGAUGGGGUGAGAGCGUCAUCAUUGGAGUCGCGGGAGCAGGACAGGAGAUCUCCACCAGACCUUUCCAGCUGGUAACAGGCCGUGUGUGGAGGGGAACUGCUUUUGGAGGCUGGAAGAGCGUGGAGAGUGUUCCAAAACUUGUGGACGACUACAUGAAUAAGAAGUUAAAGGUGGAUGAGUUUGUGACGCAUACCCUCCCUUUUGAGCAGAUCAAUGAGGGCUUUGAUCUCAUGCAUGCUGGAAAGAGUAUCCGCACAGUUCUGACAAUCUGAUGUGCCUUGGACUACUUUCCCAUUCUUCACAAUUCCUGCCAUGGUUCCACACUCAUUUCAUACAGUUAAAAAAUGUUCUGUGUUUCGCACAAAUGUUGGAAAAGCAGAUUCAAUAAAUAGUUCGAAAACC